AUGGAGAAGAAAAAGGAGCAAGAAAUUAAGGUUGUUGAGAAUCCGGCAAGGGAAAGUGAGCCUACUCCGAUUGUUGAAAAGAGAAUAUUGCCACCAUUGAAGGAGUAUGUUCCCAACCUCCCUUACCCAUCAAGAUUUAAGAAUGAUCAUAUGAAUGAACACUUCAAGAAAUUUCUGGACUUGUUAGAGCCAUUGCACAUUAAUGUACCGUUUGCGGAAGCCUUGUCUCAAAUUCCAAAGAGACUUGGACUUUUUGACCUUCAACCAACUAGGAUGACAUUACAACUAGCUAACGACUCGAUUAGACAUCCUAGAGGAAUUAUAGAAGAUGUUAUGGUUAAGGUUGACAAAUUUAUUUUCCUGGUAGAUUUUGUGAUUCUAGAUGUAGAUGAGGAUGUUAAAGUUUCUCUCAUUCUUGGUAGACCAUUCCUAGCCACCUCCCAAGCCCUCAUUGAUGUUAGUAAUGGUAAAAUGAUGCUUAGGGCUGGGGAUGAGGAAGUUAUGUUUGCUUUAUCUGAUGCAAUGAAACAUCCUUCUUCUUUUGGUGAUACAUGCUAUUUACUUAAUAUAACUUACCCACUACUUGAUGAAUGUCUGCAGGAAACAUUACACAAAGUGCCUUUCGAGGAGUCAUUGGAUGACCCUCAAAUUGAAGAGACCACCUCGGUUCUUACGCCUACCAUUAUUGAGGAAAUCACGCGAUAG